AUGCAGGCUGAAAGAAGAAGUAAUUUAUUUUCAAUAUGGAACAGGCUCAAAAUACCCUCCAUCAGCACAUAUUAUGCCAUCAGUUUAGUUCUUGUUGGCAUUGCUGUAGCUAAUGUGAUGCAUGAGUUCCAAAGUAAACCUGAGAUCAGAACUUUACUUGAGGAAGAAAUUAAAAACUUAUCCACGGGUUGGUUAUCAGAUUUGGAUAUCAAGUCCAGAGAUUAUAUUUCCUCAAAUGUUUUCAUUCAAUCUGCAUAUUUGAUGUUUAGCAGUCCAUAUCUAUUAAUCAUAGCCGUCAAUACUUACUUCGCCUUUUUUUCCUUAACCGCCAAAGCAUUAAUUAUUUUUUUCUGCAAAGAGUUAUCUAGACAGGAAGAACAAAUUGUUCGACAGGGAUUUUUUUCUUUCGUACUGUUCAGUGUUGUAUUUAUGUCUGUGGUUGGCGGGGCCAAUCCUGGUUCACACAUUUUCUGUUGGCUCCUCUGGCUUGGCUUCCAAGGCUUCAUGACGGCCAUGCACCAAGUUACAUAUCAACGAUUCAAAUUUGUCGCACCAUCUUCAGGUGUUACAGGUGGACGACUUUCAUGGCUCUGCUUCCUCUUAUUUAUAGUAUCCUAUGCCAUUUUCCAUUCUGUAGUACGUUACAACCAGUAUUUUUCAAUCAGUCAUUUCUUAUUCCUCUUUGUUGAUUGUUUGUUGUCGCUCCUUCGUUCGAUACAUGGCCUGUUGCGAUGUCUAUCAGCCUCGGAAAUGUUCAGUGCUUCACCUGACUCUGUCCGACAUUUCAACUAUUGGCUUGACUUGGGAAUAGCUAUAGCCAUAGAGUCAGUUCAAGCUCUGAAUUAUUUCCAUUUAACCUUCCAUUCACCUUUGGGAUUCAAUUUGACCUGUCUAUUUUUCUUGUAUCAUAUCAAACAGUCUUUCGGUUCUAUAAUAAGUACUUGGAAUCGUCAUUUGAAACACAAAAUGAUUUUUAAUCAUAUUCUUAACACCUAUCCCGCUGAAAAAGCUCCUGAAGAUGAUCUUUGUAUUGUUUGUUGGGAAACUUUAGGAGCAUCGAGAAGACUACCAUGUCAUCAUAGGUUUCACGAAUGGUGCCUCAUGUGGUGGUUAGCACAAGAUGCUUCUUGUCCUACUUGUCGAAGAGUAGUGUCAUCGCCUCAGCAACCAAUGACUCCAGUCUCUAACACAACCACUGUCAGAAUAGGGGGAGGGAAUGGUUUCUUCCGAUUCCCUUCGUUCGCAAUUGAGUUUCAAACUGGCGGAAGCGUUUUUGGCCCACUGCUAAGGCGGCAGUUUGCACCUCAUGACGAUUCUCAACUGAUGGGUAUGGCCCUACAGAUACGAGAAAUGUUCCCUCAGUUAUCGAUUGAGGCUAUAAUAGCAGACUUACGAAUUAGUGGUUCAACCCAAGCCACAACAGAGAACAUUUUAGAAGGUCGUGUUGGGUUUGUUGGAGCUCUUCCUGGAGAUGAGAGCGAAGAAGAUGAUGACGAAGCUCAUCUGGAAGAUAUGAGUUCCAGUGAGGAAGAAGUCAUGGACCUUGAAGUAGCUUUGGAUGAAGAAGCCACCACAGAAUUUGGCCGUAAAAGGUCAGCUAUGAUAGCCAGAUAUAGAAAGAAGUAUAUUGAGUCCUCUAAAGGAGCAGAUCUUCGACGAAAAGGAAUUACCUCUUAA